UUUGUUAAACUUUGGUUAAGAAUGUCUCUUAAGGAAAAGCUUUUGUUGUCAGAUUCAUGUUUUGUUUUUUUAGCUUGCUAACCAUGCAAGUUCAGUACAGCAUCUAGCAUCUGGUUGCUUUCAGUGUAUCCCACUACUUCACUCUAGUUCUUAACUAAAGAUAUCGAAACAGAGCAAAAUUUCAAGUUUACACAGAAUCCCCCGAGUGAGCCAUGAAGUGCCUCUUAUAAAAGCACCGGUUUGCAUCCACAAGACAAGAGCAGCAAUAUUUUCUUAGCCAGAAAACAUGUUUAAGUCAUGGAGCAAGAAAAACAAGACUAAAGCUGUAUUCAAACUACAAUUUCAGGCAACUCAGGUGCCAAAGAUGAAAAAGCCUGCACUGAAGGUAGCUUUGGUGCCAGAUAAUGCUGGGAAGCCUACGGUGAAACUAGAGAAAGUUGUUGUCCAGGAUGGAACCUGAUCAUGGGAGAAUCCGAUUUUUGAAUCAGUAAAAUUUGUUAGGGACGUAAAAUCAGGAAAACUUCAAGAGAAAAUCUACCAUUUUGUUGUUUCAACCGGAUCUUCAAAAUCUGGCUUUCUUGGAGAAUCCUCCAUUGACUUUGCUGAUUUUGCUGCAGAAACUGAGCCACUGACUGUGUCCCUACCUCUGAAGUUUGCCAAUUCAGGCGCAAUCCUACAUGUUGGUACCUUCUAUUCCCCUCUCCACCUGGUUUCUUAUGUCCCUCAUAUCAUGCACAUGAUUACUCAUCUUUCAAAAUCUCAUAUUCAUCAAACCCUUUUUUUUUUUCAUUCUUAUUCCAUAUUAGUGACAAUUCAGAACGUGGAAGGAGUACAAAGAGAUCAAAGUACUUUCAGAAAUGGGGAAGAUUAUGGAAAUGGAAGCUCAAGACACCUACUGAGCAUUUGCAGUGCAGAUGAAAUUUCUCGUAAUGUUUAUGAAGAUUUCCCCAAGCUAUUACCACCCUUGAGGCAAAAUUCAAUGCCGUGCAAAGGAACUAUUGAGGCCAUUGCAACAAGAGCUCAAAUGCAUAGGGGGUCACUGGGUUCAGCAUCAGAUAGGAGUUUAGGCGACUCCUGGAGAAACAGCCUGGAAGAAACUCAUCCUCAAGAAGGAUUACAAGAACCUUCAGAUAAUGUCAUUGAACACCUCAGAAGUGAAAUUGCUUCUCUGAAGAGGAAAGCCGAAGAAUCAGAACUAGAGUUACAAUCGCUUCAGAAGCUGAUGGAGAAGGAAUGUAGCCGAGGACAAAGCAUGUCAAGGCAAAUAAUCAGCCUCAGAGACGAGAGAAAUAUGAUCAAAACUAAAUAUGAGCAACUAAUGUCGCAGCAAAAUCUCAUUAACGAGACCAAAAAUUCAAAAGCCUUACAGACUGAGAUUGAACAAGAGAGGCAGCAGUUAGAAGCAAUAAAAGAAGAGCUUUCUUAUGAAAAAGAGUUUAGUUCUAAUCUUAAAUUGCAACUCCAGAAGACACAAAACUCAAACUCCGAACUACUUUUAGCAGUUAGGGAACUUGAAGCAAUGCUGGAACGUAAGAAUAAGGAAUUGUUGGACAAUACUAAAGAGCAUGAUGAUGCCACAGAAUUAGGUCACUUGAAGCAGAAAAUUGCAGAACUGAAUGGUGAAAUAGACAUUUGUUAUAAGCAACGUGAUGAGCUAAAUGAGCAAAUAAAAGAGCUCAACUUUGAGUGUGAGCGUCUAAAGAAAGAAAACCUGGAUAUCUCUUUGAGAUUAAACCAUAAAGAAGCACAACAAAUUGCGUUACAAAAUAAAUAUUCAGCUUCUUUGGCAACUAUAAAACAACUUGAAUCUCAAGUACAGGGAUUAGAAGAAAAGAUAGGGAAGCAGGUGGAUGAUUUUUCAGGGUCUUUGAUUUACAUCAAUGAGCUUGAAAAUCAAGUCGGUGAUUUGAAGAGAGAAAUGAAAAUACAAGAAGAGGAUUAUCAAAAAGAUUUCCAAGCCAUGAAAUGUGCAAAACUUGAACAGGAAGAACGGGCCAUCCAAGCAGAGGAGACAUUGAUAAGGACUAGACACAACAAUGAUCUCGAAUGUCAGCGUUUUCAGGAUGAAUAUCGAAGUCUUUCAGCUGAAAUGACAUUGAAAGUAGAAGAAAACGAAAAGAAGGUACUGGAAGCUUAUGCUGAAGCUGAUGAAUUGCAGAAGCAGAAAAAACUCAUGGAAGAAAUUCUCCAGAAAUGCAAUGAAGAGCUCAGGCUUGUUACAAACCAGAAUGAAUUGAAACUUCAACAGCUCUUGAACCAAAUAGAUUCAAAAGAAAAGAAAGUGGAAAUGAUGUCUCAAGAACUAGAGAUUAAGUCCAAGCAACUGGAAGAUGUACAAAGGAAAAGGGAUGAAAAGGAUAAGGCAUUAACAAAGCAAAUUCAAUUGCUCAGAAUUGAAAUUAGAAAGCUGAUGCUAGAAGAGCAUGCAUUAUCUAAAGCUGAUCCAACAGAGCUCAUGACUAGGAUGUUAAUGCAAGAGAACAAUGAUGAGGAGAUAAGGUUUGACAACCUAACGGCAGCAUUAGAAAUCUUUAAGACCCAGCACAAUGAAUUGAAACAUAACUUGCACGUGGAACAAACAGAGAAAGAAAAUAUGAAGGAAAAAAUAUCUCAAUUAGAAGGAGAGCUGAAGAAGAAGGUAGAAGAACUAAGUGCUGUAGAAAAGAGGCUCAAAAAUAGCAAAGGAGCAACGGCCAAAAGUAUGAAUUUGGCUUCAUGGAACUACGAGAGUGCUGCGUCUUGUUCAUCCACUAAGGAACACGAUAACAAGUCAAGAUCGGAAAUGCAGAUGGUAAUUUUCCAGCUCCUUUUUCUUGAUAAUAUUAUUAGAAAGCAUGAUCAACAAGUUGAAGAUAUGGGUGAUGGACUCAUAUUAUGGGACACCACCACACAAUCUAAUGUGACAAAAAAGAAGAGGAAAGAAAGAGAACAUGUAAUUAGAGUUUACUUUGGUUUUGAUUUGCGCAUAUUAGCAGUUAAUGACUUGAUGAUCUACAAUAACUUGGGAUAUUGUUAUAUAUGUAACAAAAAGGGAAUGGAUGAUGCAAAGACCCCUGUUCGAAAGUGUGAAAAAGGAAGAACCAUAUGCAAUUCAGCCGAGAACGAAGUUCAUCUAGCUUCACACGGAAGCGAAGUGAAAACUUUCUUGGAAAAUAAGGCUAUUGUCUUCAAUUAUGAUGAUGCUGGUGAUUGUCCUACAAAUGAGUUGUUGGAUGAAGUGACAGUACUAAAGGAAAGGAACAAAUAUAUGGAAACUCAGCUGAAAGAAAUGGAAGAAAGAUAUUCUGAUAUUAGUCUUAAGUUCGCAGAGGUGGAGGGAGAAAGACAACAGCUUGUUAUGGCCCUACGGAAUAUGAGGAAUGGUAAGAACUAGAAUUCUUUACAUGCGUUAUUACUCAUUCAUGAAUUACACGAGUUAUGAAAUAGACAGGUCAUCACGGUCGUAUUGGUCAAAUUCAAAUCGAGCUUAACCCGUGUGUUUCACUUCAGUAUAAUCACCAUUUAAACCUCCUCCAAUUUAAAUUUGCUGGCCUGUCAGCUUAGUUCGAUAUUUCUGGUUGAUUGAUUCAUUGAAUUGACAAAGGUGGCUAUGCGUUGGGGCAUCAGAUAGGCUAUCUAGAAAAUGGAUUAUCAUCGUGUCAUCAUUUAUUUGAACAAUUUUGGGUUACAUGUAUUGCAAACAUUAUAGCCGAUAAACAAGGCUAUGAUUCUCAGAUGAAACAUUUUAUUGAAAAUGUUAAAGAUCAAGAGCAAAACCGCUACUGAAUCUUGGAAUACCUAUUAUCUAGAUGAGCUACUUG